CUCGUGACCGGUUGCAAUCUGUCUUUACCGGUGUAAAUUAGUGAUAUUUUUUUUUUGCAUAUUUGCAAAUGUCUGUACCAAAACAACGGAGCUUACUUACAAUAAGUUUAAGAGAUUCGUACGAGAAUACGACAAUGAAAUAAAAUUGUUCGCAUUAUUUAUUUUCGAAGUUAAUAAAGCGAUCAAUAAACAGAUAGUAUCGAUUUUUCAAUCGUAUUUCAUUUUUACUUCUGAAAAAGGCAAGCAAAAUCAAAGGAAGCUAGGAUUCGAUCCAAAAACCAAUACAUCGUUAUUCAGAAUACGGGAGAGCUCGAAUCUACUAUUUUCAUACAUAGAGAUGGCAAAACCACAGCGAUGCGCUUACGUCUUCCUGCUAUUUAUCGUUGUCCACCUGACAUACGCCACCAUUCCUGCAGUCGAUAACAAUGAGCAAUCACUGCAAUAUUCUGGAUUUAAACAACUGGAUGCCGCUAAUCCGAUAACAUCAUCCAAUGAGUACUCGUCAUCGAAACUAAUAGAUACUGACAAAACGAAAACACAAAGCAACGUUUUGAUCAAUCAGGACGUCACUCCAGCACUGAAACUGGUUACGCGUUUGUUAGACACACUACGAUCCCCAAACUCCGGACCGUUGAUUCAGCGAAUCCCUCAGCAACGUGCGUUGCCAGGAUGUCCUCUCUGCGAUGCAUCUGUCUAUAGUUAUUGUGAUUUCAAGGUGUACCAUGAUGGCUGUUGUUGCGGAACAAUUAAUGGAAUCUAUGGUUCUGGAGGAGGUUUCGGAAGAAUUAGAAGAGAUGGAAUCGGUUAUGGCGGCUGCGGAUAUCAAGAGGACUGUAGUUUCAUCUACGCCAAUUCAUGUUAUGAACAUCAAUUGAUAGUAAACUGUUGCUGCAACGUUCCGUUCUGAAACAGGAAUAUUUCACAAGAUAUACG